AUGGCCGUAUUUGUACUGAAGACUGCACCUCCCCAUGGAGGAACAUUUAAUUGGGAUGCAGGGCAUGUGGAAGGAACUUGCGAGCAUACUUGUGGUAUUGAAGAGAUGUUGAUCACUGUAGCGGGCGCCGAGAGUUUGACUGCAGAAUCAGUACACUUGAUGAAGGCACAGGAGGGCUUGGCCUUGGUAGUAGGAGCCGAAGAACUAAUUGUAGAAGCAGUUGUCCUGACAGUAGCAACUGAGGGCAUCGCAGUAGGAACUGAUGGCUUGACAGUAGCAACUGAGGGCAUUGCAGUAGGAACUGAGGGCUUGACAGUAGGAACUGAAGGCUUGACGGAAUGA